CGCAUUCAGACAUCCAGCUCCUCUGAAGGAAUUUGAGGUUCAGGUCCAGCUGAAGAUCCCCCGGCCUCACACACGGCUGCAUCUCUGCCCGCCUGCCGCCCAGCAUGCUGCCGGAGAGCCGGCCCCAGCUGUGAUGCCCGGCUUCAGCCCUCCUGCGCUCUUCCUUUUCGUCCUGCUGUGCGUAUCUGCGGCUCAGCAGCGAUCCGACCUGGCUUACGUCACCCACAGCAGCUUCUCCUACUUCUCCUGCAGCCAGGACCCGCAUCCCUGCAGCAUUUCCUCGCUGACAACAUGCAGAUGCAAAGACAUGCAGCUUUCCACUCUGCACCACCCCCACUCGCAGCUCACUCCUGUUUUCUGGACCAAACAAUUAACCGUCUGGUUCACGUCACCGUCCAACGUGGCGCGUCUACUCAACAACUCGGAGGUGAAGCACCUUACACUAGUCCACUGCGGGGGGGCCAGGGGGCCGCCCUCCUUUUCCCUGGAAGGGCAUUUUGUCAUGAAGCACCUGGAGAGGCUGACGGUGUUAAACCUGCAGGAGAAGCCGUUUCAUCUCUAUCCUGAGGCAAUCAGAGUCAAGAGCACGAGCUCAAACACUAACCUGGACAGAGAUAAUGGUUUUCACUUACACACUAGGAGAUACAACCGGGAGAGAGACACAAACAUGGAUCUGGAUGCAGACGCAAUGAGACUGCCCUGGUCCUCAACCCAGAUCCAAGACAUAUUCCUGGGGAGGGAACUGGGAGCGGCUUACCAUGAACAGGCCAGACUGGGAAUCAUCCACUGCUCCGUGCUGGACUGGGGGGCCGUGAUCAAAGCCUACACAGUCCAGACACACAUAGACAGCGACGGCAAGCUGCCCUUCCCCGACCUCCACCUGCCCAAACUACCAGAGGCAUCCGUCAUUUAUGUAAGCUUUGUGUACUGAUGGAAAGUCUUCAUGUUCACAUUCAUUUGUGAACAAACGUUUCCUGGCAGAAUUCACAUCUGAUUUAUUUUAUUCCUUAGAAAUAAUCCCUUUCUCUCAUUAAAGUAGGAGAUGGGCAGAUCAUGCUGCCUCUGGUUCAGCCAGCUCACAAAUUCAAUCAAACAUUUUGGCAGAAAAAUAAGUAAACGAAGCUGUUUAUGCACAUCGUGAUACUCCUAAAACCUUGUAAGAGUAAACACAAAGAAAACAGUACAUGAUCCAAGGACAGUUUCAUGCUUGUUUUAACUGGUGUAUUUGUGUUUAUUUAAGAAUAUUUUUUUCCUGGGAAAACUCUUAGAUUCUUUGGUCCUGUAGUUUUGAGUUUAUUCUUCCAAACUGACCUGAACAAAUGCACACAACUUUGCACUUUUAAUUACCUCCACAUCUGAGCAAAUUAUUCUUAAUAAUGAAACACAACAGAUAAGCAGAAAAGGUGUCUUAGAUGCAACACUCCUUCAGUACACUUGAUUCUUAUUAAUGGUC